GAGUUUGUGCAUCAGUCUAUCGUGCAAUGGUAUGGAAGCAUCGGAGCGUUCAACGCAUACGUGCAGGGACCACUGCGUCAGGAGCUGUUAAAAUCCUCCAGUUUUCAGAUGCCUUUCAUCUACUUCCUCGUGAUCCUGACCCCGGGGCAGGGCAGUAGCCUAGAAGAGCUUUUAGGGCUUUUGAAGGCCGGGGCCGGGGCCGGGGCGACUUGGCAAGUCGUCAUGUCUCAUAUUCUUGCUCACAACGUCGGGCUUUGUAUCGCCGUGAUGUUCAGCUUAAAGUUUCUCUUCAUGCAGUGCGAGCGCUUUGCGGCUCCGCGGCAGCAUUUUCUCUUGGAUUGCCUCACGUCCGUCCUGAUCUUCCUGGCGUUCGGACUGGUGACCCUCCUCCUCGCGGGCCUUAGUCUGGCUUCGGCUUACUUUGGCAUCUUUACGGCCCUUGCCUGGGCUGUAGUGAUGCUGGCUGCGGCCUGCAUGUCCUUCAAAGGCAACUCGGUAGCAUUCUCGUGCGGGUCCAGGGGCCUUUGA